CCCCCGUGAUAAUAUAAAUAUUCAGGAACGAAGCCGACCAACCGUCCCUUUUCACACAAAAACCCUCCAUAUUGAUUGUGUUGUUGUUACUUGUAUUCUGAUCUUUUUCCCUAAACCCAUUUUAGAUUCUAGCUCAUACCAAUUACUCAAUUCUACUUUGCUGAGAGAUUUGGCAAUGAAAGGAUCGAAUUCGAGAGUUACAGUGGCCGAAAAUCGCAACAACAAUGAGGAGAUCGAGUGGGAGGUGAGGCCAGGAGGCAUGCUUGUACAGAAGAGAGAAGACAACGAAGACGAUCAUCUUCAUGGUGAUGGUGGACCCACAAUCAAGGUCAAGGUCGUUCAUGGUUCUAAUCAGCUCGACCUUUUUGUUCCUUCUCAAUCCACUUUUGGGGAUCUGAAAAGGUGUAUCGCCCAACAAACUAGUUUGGAGCCUAAUCAACAAAGAUUGUUGUUCAGAGGAAAGGAGAAAGAGGAUCGAGAACAUUUGCACAUGGCGGGUGUGAAGGACAAUGCAAAGGUGUUACUCAUUCAAGAACCAACGAGAAAAGAGAGGAAGCAUGAAGAGGCUAAAAGCAUUGAAAUGUCAAGUGCCUGUCCAGCCGUUGCUGAAGUCAAACCAGAGGUUGAUAAGCUUGCAGAAGAGGUGGCUAAUCUGGAAGGCACAAGCAAAGAAAGGAAGGUCGAGGAGGUGAAGAGUGAUAAGUUGUCAAGAGCCUGUGCAGCUGUUGCUGAAGUCAGGGAAGAGGUUGAUAAGCUUGCAGAACAGGUGGCUGCUCUGGAAGUAGUUGUGAAUGGUGGGACCAAGGUUGGAGAGAAGGAUUUUGUCGUUUUGAGUGAGUUGCUAAUGAGGCAGCUGCUGAAAUUGGAUAGCAUUGAGGCUGAAGGAGAAGGGAAAGUGCAACGAAAGCUUCAGGUGCGUCGUGUUCAGAGCUUGGUGGAUAAAGUGGACUCGCUGAAGGCAAGAAACUCGAAUCCAUUCAGCAACAACAACAAGGCUGUCUCGGUAACAACCAAAUGGGAGACCUUUGACUCGGGAAUGGGAAGCCUCAGUGCCCCUCCACCCUUUCCAUCUUCUACAGAGGUGACUCAAGAUUGGGAACGCUUCGAUUAGGUAGUAUUUAUACCCUUUUAGGAUUUAUAACUCUUGAAAUACAGAACAUAAGUCACGGGGAACACUAAAUAUGUGCAUGUACUGCAUAUUUAGUUAUUUUUGGUACAGAUCUCAAUAUUAUUACUCGUUUAAGGACAGAAUUGUUACUUUCAUUUUAUGAAUCUAUUGGUGUUGUUGAAUCUCUCUUUUUCUGAGUU